GCCCAAUCCCUACCGGGCCUUGAACCAAGAUGAAGACGCAAACGAAGAGGGCGAGAGGCCCGAUGGACCAUCUCACGCAUCCGAUGCAGACUCGCAGCUGAAAAACCAUCGAGAUGCGGCGGCGAUGCUGCUCAUCAAGCUGGGCCGCUCACCGGACGAGGUCAUCACGGUUUCGCCCGCCGACGACGCCCGCAUCCUUCGCCGCAUCGAUCUCGCUCUGCUUCCACUUAUGCUUUCCGUAUACUUUCUCCAGGCUCUCGACAAGGCCACGCUGUCCUACGCAUCGAUAUUUGGCCUGAUCGACGAUACAGGUCUCAAAGGCGACGAGUUCUCGUGGCUCGGCAGCAUUGUUUAUCUGGCUCAGCUUAUUAUGCAACUACCCUUGGCCUGGGCCCUAGUUAAGCUUCCCAUUGGCAAAUUUACGAGCAUCAUGGUACUCGCUUGGGGCAUUACUUUGACUUCGAUGACAUGGGCACACAACUUUGGACAGCUGAUGGCUGCCCGCUUCUUUUUGGGCGCUUUUGAGGCUUGCGUGGGACCGGCCUUUGUUGCGAUUACACAGAUGUGGUGGAGACGAAGAGAGCAAACGCUGAGGAUUGGAUCUUGGUACUGCAUGAAUGGCUUGACUUGGGUGUUUGGAAGUCUCAUCACAUAUGGACUCGCUAGUAUUCAUUCAUCUUUGAAGCCAUACCAGAUCAUCUUCCUCUUCUUCGGUAUUGUUACGGUCGCAGUCUCUGGGGCUAUGUUCUUCUGGAUGCCGGAUUCUCCUACCGAAGCAAAGUUCCUCACCGACAAUGACAAGAUUAUUGCUAUAGAGCGUCUACGCAAUAAUCAGAUGGGGGUUAUGUCGCGAGAGUGGAGGUACGCUCACUUUUUUGAAGCUCUAAGAGACGUCAAAACCUGGUUAUGGGUCAUUAUGAUCUUCUGCAUCUCAGUACCUUCCAACGGCAUAUCCACAUUUGGGCCACUCAUCAUCCACAGUUUUGUGACGGAUCCUUUCAAGACUAUAUUGUUCAACGUUCCGGUUGGAUUCUCUCACAUUGUAGCUGUUUCAUUGAGUGCGUAUGUCUCGAUGAGAUGGAAGCUCAAAGGACCGGUCAUUGCCAUUUUAUGUAUCCCGCCAAUCAUCGGCUUUUCGAUUCUGCUGCAUUUCCCACAUGACGCUGAGCAUCGAGCAGUCUUGCUUGCAGGAUAUUUCUGUCUUUCCACUUUUACAGGCAUUACACCACUCAUCUACUCCUGGUCGGCGCAAAAUACGGCUGGAGAUACAAAGCGAAAGUGUACAUCAGCGUUCGUAUUUAUCGGUGCCUCUGCCGGUAACAUUAUUGGUCCUUUGCUUUUUACGCCAGACGAAGCACCUUCAUAUUCGCGAGGCUUACGUGCAAACGUUGUGUUUUUCACCAUAGUCAUCGUUCUUGUGGGAAUUACAUCGCUGUAUCUGAAAUAUCUCAACACACACCAUGCUAAGCGCAGAGUGGCACUGGGAAAGAGUGCAACCGUUUUGGACAUGAGCUUAGAGACUGCAGAGGAGGUGGAGCGCAUGGAAGCAUUGGAGCGAGCGAUGCGAGAGGGGACCCAGAGGCUCUCUGUGGAAAACGGAGAUACCAGGCUUGAAGGGGACGAUGAAGAGAGCGGAGUUCAGACUGAGGACGCCAAGGGCCAAAAGGCUUUUGCUGAUAUUACGGACCUCGAGAAUGAAGAUUUUGUCUUUGUAUUUUGAAUUGGCGGCGUUUGAGGAUGGUGACGGAUACCCAGCCUUUAUUUGUAUUUGUAUUCCCUCUAGUACUAUCAUGAAGUAAUGUUAACGAAGCUCUUAUCACACCCAUGCUGUAAGCAGCCGGAUAACAUUGAAUAAAGGAUAUCAAUUGAGGAUGUUCUUGGUCAUCGAACUCUGGAAUUAACUUUUACAUAAAACGCAGCUUUUAUACUGAACCCAUAUAUACGUUACGUGUGAUUUGUUUCGAAUUUUAUUGAACCUGUUGGAUUUGGCAAAGUCCAACUAAGGUGCCGCUGAUUGGUCCGCGGACGGUCAAGGUAGGUAUAAUCAAAGCGGCUGAGUACCAUUAUCGCCUGCAGCCUGCUUCUGCACCCCUCACUGCCUACAAACACGUCUAAGCUUGAGAUGAGGCUUCCAAUAACUGCUAUCCAAAGUGGUUAGUGUGUUGGUUGCCUCAUAUUCACUUCGUUUUUGAUAGGGCCACUUGCCUUUCACCGCCUCCACUACUUUGUAAAGUCUGGAUACACGUACCUGCCUAUCCUUCUACCCUCCAUUAGGACUUACAUCGCGCUGCACGCGACUUUCCCUCACCUACGCGUCUACCAUGGUCAGAAUGAAAAAUUUGCCUUGUAGCCCUCAUAUGGACCUCAAUCGUCUCCCCCACCACUUUGAUAACGACACAUAUUCCGAAUUCUUAGAUGCAAACCAGCAGGAUCGCACAAUCGACCCUGCGGCGGCGGCGGCAGCAGCUUCAGUAGGUCCCCUUCUUCACAACGACUUCGCGUGUUCUAAGGCGAUCAGACAAUAUGUCCAAGGACAGGGAUGAAAACGGUGGUAGCACUGCUCCAGCUCGAG